UCAGUGAAUGUUGAAAAUGUUGCAGAAGACUGUGACUUCAGGGUCAUUCGUGAUAAAGUCUCGGUCGUAUUAUUAGCUUCUUUUGAAAGCUGCAAUGUGAAAUCGCAGGGCAAGCAUCAUAUGCUGACUGUUCAGUAUGUAAUGUCUGGAAUGACCAAAUCUGUCCAUGCACAAUGCCGUCAAUUGCAGAAGCCAAGGAUUCACUGCAGGGCUUUCAGCAUGACAAUAGAGCUACCCCAUGGACCCCUGGGGAAGGUCUUCAUAAAAACUCAACUGAAUCAGUUGGUUGCAGUCAGAGAUGCUCCCAAAUACUGCAGGUACCAUUUGGUAAGAGACCGUGAAAUGAACCUUCUGACUGCAUCUUACUUGUCCUGUGAUGUUAAAACUGUGAAUUACAACUAUGUCUUGCCAGUAUUCUAUACGUCGGCUUUUGGCAAGCAAGGUUCUGUAAACAUGGAAUGCCCAGCAAUGACUGGAAAACCUAGGGUCCUCUGCAGAAGGUCCAGUAUGACUGUAUACUUGCCAAAGGUUCCACUGGAACAAAUCCGGCUCAGAAACCAUCAUGGAAAGACUGUCCCCAUCCAUGCUGCCAAGCACUGCCACUACAUUUUGAUGGAAGGAAACCGCCACCUGAUUUUCACCACUUCCUUCAAGGCCUGUGAUGUGCAAAUAAAGAACAGGCAUUACAUUUUGACUGUGGUGUAUGGAAGUGAUGCAAAGGGCGAGGCAUCUGUGGAGAUGAAAUGUCCAGUUGAAGAAACGGAGAAUAUUCCCAGCCAGGCAGUGACCUGUGGCAAGUCUGGAAUGUCUGUGCUGCUUCCAAAGGGUUCCCCAGAGGAUGUAAAAAUAAUUGGUAUGUGUCUUUAGUGUGGUGUCAUUUUUAAUCGGCUUGCAAUAAUCUAAAGCUUGUUUGCCUCUUCUAGAUAAUCUUGGUAUUGACGUUGCAGUGAGAAAUGUGCCAAAACAUUGUCAGUACGUGUUGGAAAAGCAUUCCAAUGGAAGCGUGUCUUUCACAGCCCAUUAUAGGAGCUGUGAUGUUAAAAUGCAGGUGGGUUUUGUGUGUAGUGUGGAAGCAACAUCCAGGCAAAUGCUUUUAAA